CUUUUUGUGAUACCGUUCACAAGUACCAAGGUGGAAAGAUAAACGUAAACUUCAACAUAUUCGACACAGACAAAAUGGACAACUCUACACAGCAUUGUCAAGAACCAUUAAAUUUGAACACAUUCGUCUGGAAAAGAGAAGGUUGUUAUGUGAGUACACUGCCAACAAACAAGCAAACAACAUUCGAAUUGGUAAAUGCUAAACAAAACAGUGUAUUUAAGGAAGGUAAAAUAUACAAAAUAAUAUUUGAGAAGGGUGGGUUGGUUUAUGUUGGUAGCACAUGUAAUAAACUAGAAACGAGAUUGAAAGGGCAUUUGUCGGGCAAAAGUAGUCCGUUGUUUGCAAACGCCUGUAACAGGCCAUUAAUAAAACUAAUUGUCAGCUGUCCUUGUAAUUCCCAAAAGGAACUCGAGAAGGUGGACGACUCCUACAUCGACGAGUAUUCCAGGAAGUUUGGUGAGAGGCUAAUUAACAAGAGCGAGAGCCCACGAAGAAGGCGCAAGGUCGUACACGGCGUAUACAUCGAAAAGGGAAACGAAAUUAAACUAAGAUUUUGGCUUGAAAGAAAGAUAAAAAUAAAGGAAGAACCGGGAAUGUUUGUGAUAGACACGGUUAUAAAAGGCAAAAGUGUAAAAACCAAAAACCGUUUUAAGGACGAAAACACCAACAAGAGAGCCAACAUAGUAAACAGACUUGUAGUUGAGUUCGACUAA